AUGCCGUGUGCCCACACCAUUUCUCGUACAAAGCAGACUGCUGGCAAAUCCACCGGUGGUGAACCCAGGAAACAACUGGCUACAAAAGCUGCUCGCAAGAGUGCACCCUCUACUGGAGGGGUGAAGAAACCUCAUCGUUACAGGCCUGGUACUGUGGCACUCCAUGAAAUCAGACACUAUCAGAAGUCCACUGAAUUCCUGAUUCACAAGCUGCUCUUUCAGAGUCUGGUGGGAGAAAUUGCUCAGGACUUCAAAACAGAUCUGCGCUUCCAGAGUGCAGCUAUUGGUGCUUUGCAGGAGGCAAGUGAGGCCUAUCUGGUUGGCCUUUUUGAAGAUAUCAACCUGUGCACUAACCAUGCCAAAUGUGUAACCAUGAUGCCAAAAGAUAUCCAGCUAGCACACCACAUAUGCAGAGAACGUGCUUAA